AUGUCGUAUCAUCCUUCGCACGCCGGUGCGCACCACACCAACUUUCUCAGUGCUGGCUUGCCCAUCAACUAUGCUCAUAACCACACCGCCAACGGCGGCUCGCCGAGCACCAAUCCUUCCCUCCUAGGCAACAACAUCUCAUCACACUCGUUUCCUAUGGCUCCUUCUCCCAACAAUGGUACAACACAACCACAACAGCAGCAAGCGCAACAGCAGCAACAUCAACAACAACAAGCUGUAGUUGCCGCUGCUCAACAACAACAACAACAACAGCAGCAGCAGCAGCAACCAAGUACGUCAGCUCCACCAGGUGUACCAGAUCACGACGGCCUCAUCGCCCCACCCUCGAUGCCUCUAGAGCUCGACUUUGACAAUCUUGAGAGCGCCUCCAACUACAUGCACACCUAUGCGCUCUCCCAGGGCUUUGACAUCCGUAUUCAGUGGUCCGCCAACAACCAGACCCGAAUCUGCUGGUCCUGUUACCGCGGUGGCUUCCCCGAAUCCCUCAAUCCCGAUGGCACCCCCAACACCAAAAAGCGUCAGAUCCCCAAGGACAAAGAAAGGCGCAAGCGCGGCUCGCUCAAGAUCGGAUGCCCCUUUCGCGUACAAUGCACCAAAAACUGGAAGACGGAUAAGAUGGAACUGCGCAUCUUGGAAGGAAGGCACAAGCAUCAGAUGGAGACCGACCGCGAGAACCUGCCAAGUCAAGUCAGAAGGAUAAAGAACGCACGCAAACCUCACGAUUCACCCAGUACGCCGCAAGCAGGCAAUGCGGCGGCCAACGCUGUCGCCCAGGCUGCCAACCUCACUUCGACGCCUACUCCUGCGCCUUCAGCAAACGCAGCUGGAUCGCAAGCAGCAUCCAGAGGUAGAGCCAGCGCGGCUUCCAAGAACGCCAGCGCCAAUCGCAACGCAGCCGCUACUCAGCAGCAAGCACAGCGCGCGACCCCACAGCAGCCGCAACAAUCGCCGCAGCAGAACAUGACGCCCUCCAAUCUCGUCGUCAACGCAGCUGGUCCAUCCGCGCAUCAGCAUCUUGGCCUCCUCGGCACGCCCACCCCAUCGAAUGGAGAUGCCACUUUGCUGGACCUCGAUACGGACACAGUCUUGACGGGCGGCUCCAGCUCUGCAUCGCCCGUUGCCAAACCAUCAUUCGAACGACAGAUGCUCAACCUGCUCGGUGUGUACGAUCGAUCCGAUGCCGCAUCCCGCUCCAUCAUGGACAAGGAGCUCGAGUCGAUGCUCGCACGCGCUGAGACUCGCCUAGAUAAGUCGGCGCGCAAAAAGCGAAAGAUCGCUCCCAACGGUUCUGCCAUCGCCAGCACCGGCUUGCCUCUACUCUCUGGGCCAUCCCCUGCUAUGUCGGGUAGCGCAGCGAGCAACGGGUCCAUAGCGUCACUGGCAAGGACCGCAUGGAACGGACGCGCGACGCCGGCAGCUGCGACUCACGUCAAUGGCGUUGGGUCGCCGUUGAGGGCUACCACAGUGGGUGCAUUGGGUGGGGGCGCUAUGGCGCCGGCGACGCCUUUGAAUCAACUCGCGUCAGGAUCGGCACAGGUGGCGCCACCGAGCUCCGGUAAAGGCUCGGCGAGGUGUAGCAACUGCAAAGCGUACGGACACAAUCGUCGACGCUGUCCUCUGGGUUGA